AUGCUACGACUUCUCACCUGGGGCCUUGUAGGCCUGGUCGCGCGAGCACACGCCGCUAUUCCACUGGUAGCUUCACCAUCACACGUCAAUCUCGACACUCCCUUCUCUGGGCGUCCUGGCGUCGAGCCCUUUACUCUGCGACUUGGUCACGACACGGCCAGUGUAUGCAAUAGUUCGACGCCGGGCACGUCUGGUUACAUCACUUCCAAGGACACACAGGGAGGUAAAAGUUCAAUCUUUUUCUGGUUCUUCGAAAGCAAACAUGAUCCUAAAUCAGACCCCGUGAUUCUGUGGAUGACUGGGUAUGGUGUCCAUCUCUUCUACCACCGUUUGGCCGAACUACAAUUGACUGUUGCUCCCGAGGGCGGAUACACUGUUGACAAUCCAUUCGGAUGGAAUGCCAAUGCCACUCUCUUGUUUGUUGAUCAACCGGUCGGGGUCGGUUAUUCCCGCGGAGAGCACAGCUCACAGGGCCUUCAAGAUGCUUCCACAACUAUGGACCAAUUCCUACGUCAGUUCAUGGUCGCGUUCCCUGAUCUAGCCGGCCGAGACUUUUACAUAGCGGGCGAGUCAUACGGUGGCUCAUGGGUUCCUGCUCUGGCUACGACAAUACUACAAUCUCAGAGCAACACCACCGAUGAUGCGGAGCCUAUACAAGUCCAAGGACAAGACCGUGGUGUUGAUCCAGCCUCACACGACCCUGACAAUAGCCUACGGAUUAAUUUGAAGGGCGUCAUGAUCGGUAAUGGCCUUAUCCGACGAUCGAUACAGAACAUUGGUUUCUUCGAGACCGUCUGCGCUGGACCUGACAGCUUGUUCAACACGUCUCAAUGUUUGCAGUGGGCUCCUCGAGCCAUGUGGUGCGAAGAGAAUCUCGUAAUUUGCGAGACUGAAGGCAUGAAAUCUCCUGCCUGCAAAGAAGCCGAGACCAAGUGCAGUGCAAUCGGCAGUGUCGUCGUAGAAGACAUGCACCGCAACCCAUAUGACUUCCGUCAAGAGUGCUACGACCCUGCAGCUUGUUACGCAGAGAUGCAGCACAUCGAUGAGUAUCUGAACAGAAGUGAUAUUAAAAAGGCGCUCGGGGUAUCUGAAGAGCUGCCUUUUGUCGGCAUAUCUUUUGACGUUUUGGGGCAAUGGGAGAAGGUAGGCGACUUGUGGAGAUCAAGUGACAAAUACGUUAACUAUCUGCUGAAAUCUGGUAUACGUGUUCUCAUAUACGUUGGAGACAAAGAUCUGUACUGCAACUCUGCAGGGAUGCGUCUCCUUGUUGACCGAGGCCUCAACUGGGAUGGCCAACCCUUUAUCCGUUUCAGGGACUUGAUGCCAUGGGAACACUUCCAAGUUCGUAAUGUCAGCUUGCAUAUAGUUCUUCAGGGCAUAUCGAAACCCAAGUUGCAAGUAAACGACCAACUGAAAAUAGUCACGUAA